GUGAGAGAAGAAAAAACGCUAGAAAAAAAAAAUCAUCCAUCGCCGCUUGCGACUCCGAGCGGCGCCACCGCCGCCACCACCGCCGUCUGCCACCGCCACCGCCGCCGUCUGCCACCGCGCCGCCGCCGCCGCCCUCUGCUGCCGCCGCUCUACUCCCCGGAUCUACACACACCAUCCUGCUUCGCUCCCGUUCCAUGCCCAAAACUUGCAUAUCACUUGCGCCUCAAACAAGCUAGGGUAGUCGUCGGGGGGAGGGGGGCGCUUGCUGCUCCCUCCGCCGGCACCAUCUCCAGUCCCGGUGUCGUCUCUCGCUGUUGGAUCCGGAGUCGCGCCUCCACUUUCUUCAUCCUAGUCGAGCCGAGCCACUUUGGGAUCUACCGUUGCUGCCUUUAUACUGUGAGUAUAUGAACUAAAAUUUGUGAUGUAUACUUUGAUUUGUCAUGAGAUGAUCGAUCUACUUUGACUUAUUAGCUCUAGAAUACAUAAUGUUUUACUGGAGAAUCUCCUUAUAUAUGAUCUAUUAUUGUUUUUUUACCCUGCAGUUUGAGAUUUUAAAUAUAUUUAUUUAAUCCUAGUCUGCUCUAGAGUGUGAAAUCACCAUUCGAUAUCAUUAGUAUUAUUUAAUUUAGAAAAUUGGAGUUACCAGUUGUUCAGUUGUGAAUCAUGAAACUUCCUAAGUACCAUAUUGCAGAAGUAUCAUUCCUGUAUAUAAAUCUAUGGUUGUAGAAAAUUAUAGGACGUAUUAUAAAUGAUUAUAGGAUGUAUUAUAUUUGGAGAAUCUGAAUAUUACUCAAACUGAAUAUUUUGGUUACAUGCGGUUGUUGAGAUCUAUGUAUUAUGCUGAUUGAAAUCAUUCCCAUGCAAAAGGGUGCAGUGCAGCCUGUAGAUCAAACAAUCCAACUUCCAAUAUACUACAAUAGCCUGACCAACCACUGUUCUUGAUGAAUUUCAACCAAAAGCACGUCACUAUAUGCAAAUCAUCUGAAUCUAAACAAGUUGACACAGAAAAAUGAUUUUUCAUGAAUAACAGUUAUUUAUGCAUGAAUCAGAAGAUUUAUUUAAAAAAAAUCUAGUAUUGUCUGAAUGCACUGAUACACAUCUACCCAUAGUACUAUAUUAUCAUUUGUCACACUGACCCAAUUUGGGUGUUUUUAGGGGGUUUUACAAGGUUGUCCUGUGCUAGCUUGUUUAUGCUUAGUGAAAUAAUGUUCAUAAAAUACUUUUUUGGUCUCUUGUAUUUACCAAAAGAUUUUUAUUAGUUGGUGAAUGGAACUGAACUGUUUAGUAGAUGUUUGGUGUUGAGCUGGAUGUGGAGAUGGUUUAGAUGCUUGCAUAGGCAUUAAUGCAUUAUUAAUCAGUGAUUCAUUUAACCCCAUAUUUUAGUAUUAUUAUAAACUAAUGGUGCAAUCUGUAUUUUCAUCUAUGUUACUAGGUAAUAUUAAUUGAAUUUACCAUGGAUAAGGAUUGGAUGAAAACAUCUAGAUCUAGUGCUGAAUAUAAUAUCGGGGUUGAUAAAUUUAUAGAAUUCGCCUUAUCCAAUUCAGCCCACAACAAUAGAAUCAUCUGCCCUUGUAAGAACUGUGGAAAUAGAUAUUGGUUAGGUGAACAUAAGGUUCGUGAGCAUUUGAUUUGUGAUGGGUUUUUGGCCGGGUAUACCUCAUGGAUUCAUCAUGGAGAAAGCAUGUCGACUUCCAAGCCAAGUGUUGCCUCAAGUUCACAUCAUGAACAAAAUGAUGACAUGGACCAAAUGCUGCUCGAAGGCCUUGGGAUGUACGACAGUCGUACUUUAGGGACAGAUGAUGGGGCAGAAGAUGAUUUGGAUGUUGAUGCUGAAGCAUAUUAUAAGUUGGUAAAUGAUGGAAGUCAAGAGUUAUAUCCAGGUUGCAAAAACGCUAUUUCUGUUGAUGGCCAGGCACUAAAUGAUUGUGUUGACAUCCUUGUUAACACUGUAUUCAAUCAGCACACCAUAAUACCUCGUGCAUAUGGAAUGAUCAGCAAGUUAGGAAGUGCUCAAGCUCGAUGCAUCCCAUGGCCACGUGACAAUCUAAUGCAUCCAAGUGGUCAAGCUCUACAUUCUAAGGUGUCGACUAUUGCGAGACAUAACUCAGCUAACCAAGGAAAUUCGGUGGCACUAACUGAGGUGUUCAAGCACAAUAGCAUUGAUAAUGCACUGCAAAGUGUUGUUGGACACAAGAGAAAGGUGCAUGAUCUAACACCAAAGGAGAAUAUAGGACGUGAAGAUACACAUUCUAGGGCAAAGAAGAUUGGGAAGGCCAGACCCGAUUCUCCAUAUGCUAACUUCACCAAUAGCCAACUGUUAACAACUUCCCGGUUCUAGCUCAAGUCCAAAUGCAUGGACAGGUUUUGGUGUAAUCCAUUCUCAGGUUGUGUUUUUCCUCAUUGCAAAUACAUGCGAGCCUCACAGGAUGACAGGGGCAAGCCACUCAGUAGAUCAAUGAUGUUUAUUGUCUUGUAAAUCAUAAAUAUACCAUUGAUUGUGAUAGCAUAUCUUACAAACUUAAUUACCAUUGAGAUGAUUUGUGAACCACUUAAUGUGCGAUUGAAUUGGAAUUGGGAAUUAUUCUUCUAUAUUGUUUUUGGAGAUAUAUGUGAUGUGUUAUGUUAUUUCCUGUUAAAACAUUCAUAUGGUGGGAUGAGCCUAUAUAUGCAUGUACUGUACUAUUUGAGGCAUUUUAAUAAUGUGCCUAAAAAGAAAAGUAAAGGCAUUGUAAAAAAUGCCUUGAAAAUAAAUUAGGGGCAUAUGUUAAAAUACCUCGGAAGAAAUUAUUGGCACAAGUCCAAAUGCCUCAAAUGUGUAUAAAGGCAUUCUAAAAAGUGCCUCAAAUGUGUUUAAAGGCAAUCAAAAAGUGCCUUCAUCUAUACUUAUGAAGGCAUUUUAAAAAAGUGCCUUAAAAUGUCUUUUCCUACAGCAGUAUAUCCAACACUUUUUUAAGUGCCUUUUUUAAGUAUUGGAGGCAUUUUUUUUAAUAGUUGAGGCAUUCUUAAAUGCCUCCAAAUCCUAUCCAUCCUGUAGUGUGAGGUGCUGGCGGUCUUCAUGUCGGCAGCAGAGCAACUGAUCAGCAAGCCUGGUGGUAAGGUGUGCACAAGGGGUCAAGGCUCAAGGACACGCCACUGCUAGUGCUAGCUGCUUCUUGUUCUAGCCUCAAGAAAGCAAUGGAUUCUUUAUCCACUCCAGAACCACUACUGCCAGAUGUGCCAGUAGAACAACCACAAUCUCAAGAGGAUUCCUGUGCUGCUGAAAUAUAGGAGCAAACUAUAAUGAUAUGUUGUAUAUAACUUUCUUUUUUCUUAGUCAUAUUCAACAUAAAAUUGACAUAACAGAGAAAGAACUAGUAAGUGUGGAUGAAGCUAAUCUUCUUGAUGAUGAUGGGAAUUCUGAAGAUGGAAAUGCACCACCUGGAUAUGGAUGAUCAUGCUCUUUUUAGUGGUGAUAUUGGACAACCAAAUGAAGCAAACAACGAUCAAUGGGAUAAUAACCUAGCUUGCUGAUUGGAAUUUUUCUCAUGUUUAGGAGUUUUUGUCAUGAAUUUGUUGGCUGUGUACUCGCCUUGUAUGGGUUAAGAGCCAUAUACUUACCCUUUUAAUUUUCCUAUGCAUACCUUAUAAACUUUA